AUGAUGCUUCUCCACUUCCUAGGCCCAUGUUUAGAAGUUAUAAACCACAAGAUGAUUGAAGCUGGGAAGGAAAAGGUUGUUCUUCAAGAUUUAGAUAUAGCAUCACUUGCACCUCGGAAGCCAGAUUGGGACCUCAAAAGGGAUGUUGCAAAAAAGUUGGAAAAGCUUGAGAGAAGAACACAAAAAGCUAUUGCUGAAUUAAUUUGGGAGAGAUUAAAGCAGGGCUCUGAUGACAAUUUGGGAGCUAUGCUUACUAUGACAGAUACAAGAAUUCCACAAGAUGAUUGA